UUCAACAUCGAAUACAAGUUUCAAUGACACUGCGAGCAAGUGUGAGGAGGAGUAGAAGACUAUAUUGAUUUAGUAUUCAUUGUAUAUGACCUCGAUUGAUCUAAUACAAUGCUAAAGCAGACAAGUCUUGUAGUUUAAUAAUUCCUUCGACUUUUGCACAGGUUGCAAUAAAAUAAAUAAGAUGUUAAAAAUGUCGCGAUUGGUUGGUCUUUGUCGUGUUUUGCAAAGUUCUUAUGCACGAACAAACACCUUCAGUACAAAGCUUUUAGCUGCUGUAAGCUCAGUAACUGUGUCGCCUCUACAGCCAAGUGGGACUUUGGGACUGGAGAAUCGGACUUUCUCACUGAGCGCACGAUAUAUGAAGAAAGCAAACACAAAAGCCAAAAAGCAGAAGAAGUCAAAGAAGGUCUUGGCUGAUGAUGAUGAUGAUGAGGUGGAGAUAGGAGCAGUGGUGGACAUGGAUACACUCACAGAAGAAAUGGAGCAAGCACUAGAACACAUGCAAAAGGAAUUCAUCCAAAAUGUCUCCUUAAGACCAUCAACAGCUGCAUAUGAACAUUUAAUAAUUGAGACGUCGGAUGGAAGAUACCCUCUAAAUCAAAUAGCUCAAGUUGCCAUCCAGGGACCUAUGAUCAUUAUUAAUAUGGCUAUAUCCCCACAGUACAUUAAAAAUGUGGAAGAUGUACUUAGAGAAAAUCUGAAUGUAAAUCCUCAGAUGGCUGGAACAACAUUAACUCUGCCUGUGCCUAAAAUCACCAGAGAAUACAGACAAGAGAUGGUAGAGAGGGUCAAAAAGAUUGCUGAGAACUCCAAAGAUGUGAUACGACAUAUUCGUUCCAAGUAUGUCAAAAAGCUUGAUUCUAUAAAGGACGUCGAAUCAGAUGAUACUAUUUUUGAAUAUUCCAAAAAGAUAGACUCUAAAACGAAGCUUUACGUCGAUAAAAUUUCUACUCUAGCAGCCAAGAGGAGUAAAGAAAUAAAUGCAUGACAGAGAUUUUGUAUACAAUAAUUGUUACAAUUAAAUGAAAUGAAUAUA